GAGAUGGAGACAGAGCUUGAAGAUGUCAACACAAGGCUGAAUUCUACUAUCAGUCAGCUAGGAGAGACACAAAAGAAAAAAGAUACGAUGGAGACAGAGCUUGAGGAUGUCAACACAAGGCUAAAUUCUACUAUCAGUGAGCUAGAGGAGACACAAAAGAACAAAGAUACGAUGGAGACAGAGCUUGAGGAUGUCAACACAAGGCUGAAUUCUACUAUCAGUGAGCUAGAGGAGACACAAAAGAACAAAGAUACGAUGGAGACAGAGCUUGAGGAUGUCAACACAAGGCUAAAUUCUACUAUCAGUGAGCUAGAGAGACACAAAAGAACAAAGAUACGAUGGAGACAGAGCUUGAGGAUGUCAACACAAGGCUAAAUUCUACUAUCAGUGAGCUAGUAGAGACACAAAAGAACAAAGAUACGAUGGAGACAGAGCUUGAGAUGUCAACACAAGGCUGAAUUCUACUAUCAGUGAGCUAGAAGAGACACAAAAGAACAAAGAUACGAUGGAGACAGAGCUUGAGGAUGUCAACACAAGGCUAAAUUCAACUAUCAGUGAGCUAGAAGAGACACAAAAGAACAAAGAAAAGGUGGAACAGAAGCUGGAUGAGAUCUCUUCCAGACUAAAUUCUACUCUUGACGAGCUAGAGGAGAUGUCGGGCAGUGAAUACAGAACAUGGGACUGGAACAUCUUCCUUUCGGAAGAAUUCCUGAACCGGACCUUCACAACUGAAGACGCUCAACUUCUUCGUUCAAGCUGGGAAGAUGCAGCAGAGUGGCUGGUGGGAUACACGAUCACAGAUAAGUUGAUAAAAAUAUUGGACCUGUUUGACUCCGUUGAAAACAGACCCUGGUUGAUGCUGUACUCGGAGAACUACAUAGACAAACUUUUCACGAGGAACAUGGCCAAGAGAUUAGCAAACAUUUGGGAUGGCAUCAGUGGGAAGAUGGUUGGUGUUACGAUGACUAAAGAGGUGAUUGAGCUCCUUAAUCACAUAACUGACAAGACCAACUGUGGCAAUGGACAUUCUCCUGAUACUAGUCCAUAGUUACCACACUUCGCUAUUAAUGGAGUAAUGGACGGUUAUAAUAGCUGUUUUAAUUCUGUUUACUACACAGAGCAGGGAACUUUGUCAUUUUAGACACUGUUUUUCUAUUAUUUUUCGA